CCUAAAUUCUGACUACACUGCACGUAUAUUCACAGGAAGAGUAGAAGAGAUGGCGGUGGCUGAAGCACAGCUGUAUGCAAAGGUUGCAAACAAAGUAAAAAAUAGAGGCACCUGCUCUAUCGUGGAACAUCUCUUAUCUAUGGGAUUCCCUGUACAUACCGUGCAAAAAGCUUUGGCUGCUACUGGACAAAAGACAGUAGAAGAUGCUACAAAAUGGUUGCAUUCCCAUUGUAAUGAUCCUUCUCUGGACGAUCCAAUCCCUCAGGAAUAUGCUCUUUACUUGUGCCCCUCUGGCCCCCUUCAUGACAAAUUGCAGGAGUUUUGGAGAGAGAGCAAACGCCAAUGUGCAAAAAACAGAGCUCAUGAGAUUUUUCCACACAUAACUCUUUGUGAUUUCUUUACGUGUGAAGAUCAGAAAGUGGAAUUCUUAUAUGAAGCCCUGAAGAAAGUUGGUGAUAGGUUUUUAAAUACCUUUCCACCAGUCCCUUCCCUAUCACUACAUUCAUCUACCAGCUACCUUGGGUUUUUUGUCAGUGAUAGCCAUGCAAAUAUCAUGAAAGAAUUUGCUGUGGCUUUUGCUAGCGAGGCUUCUGCCUUAGCAGAUUGCCAUGUGAAGCCUUGUAUAAAGCAGCUCCACCUUACUUUGGCUCAUAAGUUUUCUCCUCACCAUCAGAAGACUUUGGAACAACUGGCUAGAUCUAUCAACCCAGGAGAGGGUUGCCAGUGGAUAGCUACUCUGUACUCUAGGGACAUGCGCUUUGUACAUUACCAGACCUUGCGAGCAGUUUUCCAAUACAAGCCUCAGAACAUUGAUGAACUAAUGCUGAAUGCUGGGGAUUUGAUAUUCGUUGACCGAACACAGCAGUCUGAUGUUAGUGAAGGCUGGGUGAUCGGUACCUCACACCGAACUGGCUGCAGGGGAUUUCUUCCUGAAAAUUACACAGAGAGAGCCAAUGAAUCAGACACAUGGGUUAAACACAGGGAAUACACACUCAUUCCAUCUUCUAGACUGCUCACCCAAGAUGAAAGUGAACCUAGUGCAAAGCUGAAUGGUGAAGUCCAUAAUCCAGUAAUGAUGAAGAGUGUAACCAAGAUGCUUGCUUUCCAGGUUUCUCAGAACGUUACUGUCAGAAGAGGCCUGCUAGUGAUGCGCCAUGGGGAAAGACUGGAUCAAGUGUUUGGGAAAUCCUGGUUUCAGCAAUGUUUAAUGGCAGAUGGAAAAUACCAAAGAGUGGAUCUGAACUUUCCUACAAGUUUACCCAAAAGAAAGGACGGCAUCAAAAAUUAUGAAUAUGAUCCUCCUUUAUCAUAUUGUGGGAUAUUCCAGUCUAGACUUGUAGGAGAAGCUUUGUUGGAGAAGGAAGUUGCAGUUAGUUCCAUAUACUCUUCACCAGCACUCCGCUGUAUACAGACAGCUCACCAUGUACUACAAGGACUGAAACUGGAAAAAAGAAUUAAAAUCAGGUUGGAACCUGGACUCUUUGAAUGGACCAAAUGGGAGGCAAGCAAAAUAAUUCCCACCUUUAUGACACCAAAAGAACUGACAGAGGCUAUGUACAAUAUAGAUACCAGUUACAGAUGUAACAUCCCAGUUGCUUCUCUGGUCCCAUCAGAAAGUUAUGAAGAGUAUGUAAGCAGAUGCUCAGCAGUUAUAAGACAGAUUGUCGAUGCCUACACAAGCGAAGCUGGCACCAUCCUGAUUGUGGGCCAUGGCUCAUCCCUGGAUUCCUUCACCCGACCAGUAGUUGGGCUCCCACCCAGAGACAGCAGUGAAUUUGCCCAGUUGGUUAGAAAGGUUCCUUCACUGGGCAUGUGUUUCUGUGAAGAACUUAAAGAGGAGAACAGAUGGGAGCUGAUUAACCCACCAGUUAAGACAUUAACACAUGGAGCAAAUGCAGCAUUUAAUUGGAGAAGUGGCAUCCUAGAUGGAUAGGAGCUACAUUCACUGACUGCAUAAUUCCAAAACCUGAACCUCCUAAGCACAGGUCAUUUGUCCACCCUAAACAUUUAGAACUUCUGAGAAUUAUUUUCUUUGCAUUUUCAAAGCACAUCAAGCACUUUUGGGUUUUAAUGCCUGAGUUUUGUUUUCAUUAGCAUGACUUAAACUGAAGAACCUACUGACUGGUAUAAAUGCCAGCAGUAAUUCCUCCAAUGCUGAAGAAUGAACUUUUCAAACUUUUUAUGAAGGGUAAUGUUUGUAACAUUUAAUAAAUAUAGAACUACCAGA